CUGCCACACUGAUGCGACAGGGAGGGAGAAGUCAUUCUCCUCAGAGCAGGCGGUAACUCUUCAGCUGGCAGCAAACCUGUGACUUUUAUAGAAACACGCCAUUCUGGAACAAGAAAGUGGCUGAUGGCUGUGAAUAUAGCCUACUGUUACUGGCAGAGGAGGGGGUGCGACUGAAGCUUAAGCUUAAGUAAACAGCGCUUCGAAGGACAUUUGGCAUUUUCUACACUAGUUUUUACUUAUAUGAGGGUUCAAGUUACAAGAAUACACAUCAAAAUGAACUCAAAGUGGGCCUACUCACUAUUCCAAAUGAAUGCGUCGUGAGUGAUGUGUGCUGUUUCCUACUCACAUUGCUUAAUUUGAACAACUUUUUUAGAGGCUUGAAGAAGUAGGCUAAGUAUUUCACAAACAGAGCAACGGUUAAAAAGGAAAAUGAGGAAAAACGCAGAAAUAAGUUUAUUUUCUUAUCAUCUUAUUAAUAUUUUUUAUAUACUGCUUUAGGGGAAACUUUGAUCCCGGUUGCGCCAUGAAAAGUGUUAUUUUAGGGAUGAUUACUUAUUGGAUUGUGACAGUCUCUUGCUUGCUUCGCACCGUAAUGCUAAAACUGUAGCUGAGGUUCAGAUGAAGUUUGAAGCUGUUUCCACGCAGCUGUGUCCUUCCUACGUCACUGCCAUCGCCGGUGAGUUGUUAUGCCAACAUGAUCUAUGUCAGAGUGCUGGAGCUCUUCCCUCGCUGUGAAUCUUAUUUAAUAUUGCGAGAGCCCUUGCUGGUAGUUACGUAAAAGUCAGUUAAAAAAAUUUUUAAACACAUUUCACUUUCCUUUUAGCGCCUCCGUCUUGUCGCGGUGGGCUUUAACAUGCCGGCUAUCAACAUAUCCAAGGCGCCCAAAGCAUAUCAGGCCGUGUGUAGGUCUGCUGCGUUAGAGACUUUGCUCCGCUCCUUCUUUGGCAAUUAGCUAACACCUCUGUUUCUCUUCACUGAUUGGAAGACAGCACGUUGUCUGUACAUUCAAACACUUCUGACUUGUGCGAAAAAAGUCUGUUUCUCGUUACAGACGAAACCUUGUAAAGCACAUUUUUCGGCGCGAGGACGUACGGUGUGAGAGCGCGUGCCUGAGAGAGAGCGAAGAGGUGGGGACUCCGACAGUGGGACAGGUUUCUCCGGAAGAUGGGGAGCGGCUUUCAUUUAAGACACAGUGUAGUCGCUCUCUGCUACUGUGGAAACUGUGUGGGUGCUCGGCAAACAGUGAGGACGACCUUAAAUAAGGGGCUGGCCUCUGUAGGUCGCCUACAGCAGAACCCACUGCCCCCCUCCCCCCUCCCCCUCCCUGGUGCAGUGAAUCUGCAAGUCCGCUAUAUAAACUGCACACAGCCACCAGAGCGCACAGCUUCAGUGGACAGCUCCGUGGUGCUGAAAUCUCACAGACACCGCACACUCGCUCGUACUCUGAAGCCGCGAUACGUGACUGGAGCCAUGGCCGGAUUCUCGUGGAAACUUUUUCUACUUUCUUGCCUGGUUGUUGUGGAGAGCGCCGCGCAAGACUUCGGACAGACGCAGUUUAUUUGCACGUCGGUACCCAAGGAUAUGGACUUGUGCACGGCCACGAUGCAGAACAGCGGGCCGGCGGAGGACCUGAAGACCACGGUCAUGCAGCUGCGGGAGACCGUGCUGCAGCAAAAGGAGACCAUUAUGAACCAAAAAGAGACAAUCAGGGAACUAACUUCCAAGUUGAGCCGCUGCGAGAGCCAGAGCCUCCCGGCAGCAGCGGGACCCGGCGGGAGACGGCCGGGGUCGAAGAACACGAUGGGGGAUGUAUCCCGGGGCACCACGGACACUCUGGCCCAGCUGGGACAGACUUUACAGACGCUGAAACAGAGACUGGAGAAUCUAGAGCAAUACAGCCGAGGGAACAACACCGUGCAAGCGAACAGCCUGAAAGACCUGCUACAAAACAAGAUAGACGAUAUGGAGAAGCAGGUUCUGUCCCGGGUCAACACGUUAGAAGAGACCAAACCGAGCUCCAGGAAUGACACCGAGCAGCGGAACAGAGUGGAGUCCACGCUCACCUCUCUGCACCAUCGGAUUACAGACCUGGAGAAAGGUAAAGACACCAGGCCAGCAGAUAAGUUCCAGCUCACCUUCCCCCUGAGGACAAACUACAUGUACGCCAAAGCCAAGAGGAGCCUUCCUGAGAUGUACUCCUUCAGCGUGUGUCUGUGGAUCAAGUCCAACGCCUCACCCGGGGUGGGGACACCCUUCUCCUACGCUGUCCCGGGUCAGGCCAACGAGCUGGUGCUGAUUGAGUGGGGGAACAACCCCAUGGAGAUUCUCAUCAAUGACAAGGUUGCAAAGCUGCCGUUCCUCAUCAAUGACGGAAAAUGGCAUCACCUCUGCAUCACGUGGACCACCCGUGACGGGAUGUGGGAAGCCUUCCAGGACGGAGUGAUGCGGGGAAAUGGUGAAAAUCUGGCACCAUACCACCCCAUCAAACCAGAGGGAGUGCUGGUCCUGGGACAAGAGCAGGACACGUUGGGAGGUGGCUUUGAUGCGACACAAGCUUUCGUCGGUGAGCUAGCAAACUUGAAUAUCUGGAAUAGGAAACUUUCUACCACCGAGAUCUACAACUUGGCGACCUGCAACAGCAAAGCACUGGCUGGCAACGUCUUCUCCUGGACGGAGAGCAACAUCGAAAUAUUUGGCGGAGCGACCAAAUGGACCUUCGAGCCUUGCCGUUCGCUCAACUGAACUGCAUUUCACUGUUCAAGAAAGGCCUCUUUGUAUUUCUAAGCUUUUGUCGUUCUUGUCUUCAUUUGACGUUUGUUAGAGACUAUUUGAGUUAUUGGUAAGCUUAAAUCUGGGAUUUCUAUCAUUCUUAGGUAUUUAUGUGCAAAACAACACUUUUCAUCUUGAGGAAAAAAAAAUCUAAUUCAUCUUGGAAACCUCAGUGAGAAAGUAUUGGUAUCUGUUUCUCCUUUUUUUUUUUCUCGGACGUUGAAUUGAAAGCACACCUAAGCUUUUCGUUUGGCUUAUUUCAUCUUGGACUGGCAGCUGGCAAUCUGCGCCUUAUGUUUGGACAAUUCACAAUCCAAGUGAGGAAUUACAUAACCACUCCCACCCCCUUCCCUCUGGAGAGUGGGAGAUUACGUUGUCCAUCCAAUUCUUGUCAGUGUUUGGCGCCGUGAAGUGAUGUCUGACGCGGUACAGCUCCCUGCAAACCCCCCCCCACCCUCCCUCCUCCUUCACUCUGCCUCGCCCCUCCGGAACUUGCACUGUGACUGACGAAGAGAUCGCCAGGAGAGGAGGGUAUGUUGAAGGACACUGCAAAGUCAGACUGUGGUACAAGUCAAUUUGUAAUUGUUGUUCGCUUCAAGUGUUUCUGUAAGAAUGUCGUUAACUUGCCAACAUUGCUACAAAGCCUGGGUGCCUUGGGCUGGUACAAAUAUUCAGCACAUUCUGUACGUUAUAAGUUGCAAAUUCAAUGUUUAUUGGUUUCUGUUUUCUUUUCUGAGCUGGGUUGAGUUUCUUGUUCCACUGGUAAAUGUAAUUUAAUUACAGUUUGUUAUCUGACUUGACGUGUUUUGGCAGGUGUUUGUACUACUCUGUAUUAGGAAUGUUACAGUAUUUGUAUAGUAACAGCAUGAAUGACAGAGUGCUGUGAAAGCAUUGUUGAAAUCUGCUUUACUAUCUUCUCUGGGUCUGGGUUUUUUACUGUAUUGUUAUAUGCUCCAAGCAUGGCAAAACUGAGAGAUGAAGAAUUUAAUUUUUGUAAUAAAAUUGUGAUACUUAAUGUCA